GUCCUCCCACGUUGUCAUAAUCCGCUACGUAAUCAUACGAAAAAAAAUUGUGCUACCCUGGUGAACAACUCGAAUGAACCACGAAGUGAUUGUUAAAGGCGUGAGGAUGCUGAAGAUUGUCAAGGCUGGUGUGAACGGACUCAGGAGGCUGCAUACGAGCAAUAAGAGACGAGCGGCGGUACCACCGUCGAAGAAGUCCAGAACUGUGAAAACCUCGGACGCUGCAUUUAGAAGUGCCUUAGAUUCAGAACGAACGCAGACACGCGGGUACAGCUUAAUUCAUGACAGUCAUUAUAUAUAUACGAGAGAUCAUGACCAAGCGACGAACGCAGAGGAUGCCCUCUUUGAUAUGUUCAUGAAUGAAGAAACUGGCCUUCUAGCAGUGGGAAAAUUCUUAGCCGCACUGAGGACGACAGGUUUAAGAAGUAACGACCCUAGGCUUCAAGAAUUCACGGAUAACCUGAAGAAGGAGCACUUGAACAGCGGAGGCCACGAGGGUGUCUCCCAUGAGACACAGAAAUUGAGCAGGGAACAAUUUAGAAGGAUCAUAAAUCCUAACAUAGUGUUGAUCUCGCGAGCGUUCAGGCACCAAUUCAUCAUCCCGGAUUGGCCUGACUUCACCAAGCACAUAGAGGACUCCUACUGGAAAUGCAAGUCGAACUCGGAGGGCAAGGUCGCCUCGUACAUACCUCAACUAGCAAGAAUGAAUCCGGAGUACUGGGGUGUCUCUGUUUGCACGAUCGAUGGACAGAGGUUCAGCAUCGGUGACACCACGAUUCCGUUCACCCUACAAAGCUGCAGCAAGCCUUUGACCUAUGCCAUCGCCUUGGACAGGCUUGGGCAGGAAGUGGUGCAUCAGUAUGUCGGUCAGGAACCGUCUGGACGGAACUUCAACGAGCUGGUUUUGGAUUAUAAUAAGAAACCUCAUAAUCCCAUGAUCAACGCAGGAGCGAUCCUAGUCGGUUCCCUCCUCAAGACUCUAAUCAAACCCGAGAUGACGUUAGCCGAGAAAUUCGAUUUCACGAUGAACUAUUUCAAGAGGUUAGCAGGCGGAGAGAAUCUAGGCUUCAAUAACGCUGUAUUUCUCUCGGAACGAGAAGCUGCAGACAGAAAUUACGCUCUUGGCUUCUAUAUGAGAGAACAUAAUUGCUAUCCUGAUAAAUCGAACUUGAGGGAAAUCAUGGAUUUCUACUUCCAGGUGAAUUUAUUUUCUAUAAAAAAGAGAAAUAAACACGAACAAAUUUAUAAAAUUGGAUAGUUACUCUAAUUAAAAAAAUGUCCCAUCACCGAAGAGAAGGUCUUAAAACCUGACAGUGUUCGAGACGUUCUUAGCUUGAUGCACAGCUGUGGCAUGUACGAUUACAGUGGCCAGUUUGCGUUCAAGGUUGGCAUUCCAGCGAAAUCUGGUGUGUCAGGAAGCCUCUUAGUAGUGAUUCCCAAUGUAAUGGGCAUUUGUACGUGGUCUCCACCAUUAGACCCCCUUGGAAACUCCUGUCGAGGUGUUCAAUUCUGCGAGGAACUCGUCUCUGAAUUCAACUUUCACAGGUACGAUAAUAUGAAGCACGCGACAAAUAAGAAGGACCCGAGGCGGCAUAAAUACGAGACGAAAGGACUGUCUAUUGUUAAUCUGCUCUUCAGCGCUGGCAGUGGCGACGUAACGGCGAUGCGAAGGCAUCGACUGAGCGGAAUGGACAUGACCCUCUCGGAUUAUGAUGGCAGAACAGCUUUGCACCUGGCUGCCUGUGAGGGACACCUGAAUUGUGUGAAAUUUUUGAUCGAGCAGUGUGCAGUUCCAUACGAUCCUGCAGACAGGUGGGGAAAGAAGCCCAUCGACGAGGCGAAGACAUUCGGCCACAUGGAUGUGGUGGAGUACCUGAACAACUAUAUGCAAGCCCGGAAAACGGAAACCGAAGCAGAAGAGAAGAAGAACAAGAACAACAGUAACAAUAAUAAUAACAAUAACAACGAGAGCAACACCGAGAACACAGAUUCGCAAAAAGUCGCGGAAACAGCGAGGCGACUUCCACUACCAUAAACGAAAUUCUACCACUUCUAGAUAGGAUAUUUUUCAUGGAAUUCCGCGCGUAUCACGAUUUAACAAAAUUGAGAAGGAAGAAAAUGUGUACAAAAACGAAAAAAAUAGAAAAUGAACAUGUGGCUUAAUACUAUAUGUAUGUAUAAUAUGAAAAAGAAAGAAAUGACGACAAAGGGAUCUCGAGGUCAUGGUGAAUCGAUUAUUUUCGUACGAUUUAGUUGAAUACCAGCCUAGAAUCAAUUUUCUGUA